AAUAAGUGGAUUGUUUAAACACAACCACGUUUUAAUCACAUGCCAACCACUCCUUAAGGAGCCAUUUUGAAAAAAAAACCAUGAGACACAUGACUAACCUGUGACCUCAUCUUAGGACGGGUUAUUAAGAUGGCAGACAGUAAGAUGGAACGAAGUUGCGCAAAUUCCUCUACUGAAGAGAAAAUGGGGAAAUCCUUUGAUCCAACUGAAUACCAACAUACAAGAUUUAAUCCUCUUCGUGAUGAUUGGGUUCUCGUGUCUCCUCACCGAAUGAAAAGACCGUGGAAAGGUCAAGUCGAAAAACCUCAAGAGGAGGAGAUUCCUCGCUGGGACCCCAAGAAUCCAUUAUGUCCAAGAACAGUACGUGCUAGUGGAAAGGUAAGCAUUGACAUUGGAAAACUCAGAAGUCAUACACUUACUGUGAGAAGAAUACUGGAAUGACUCUGAUCUCUCUUUACUCAGAGAACAUGUACAGGAGCGAGAAUCAUCAGGAAUCCACCCCUCCCCUCUUCUCCCCUCCCCUUCUAAGAGAGUUGUAAAGUGGGUCUCCUGAUCCGGUCCCACGUGCGAAUUUUAGAAAAAUUCAUGGUUUAGGUAUAUUUUAAACAGCAUUCAGGUGUCACAAAUUUCAAAGGAAAACCUCUUAUUAUUACUGAACUCUUUUACCUGAUAUCCUCAGACUAAGGGAGAACAAUGCAAAGAGGAAACUCUCACAUCAAAUUUGUAAUUCUCCUUACUGCCAACAAUAUAAUUCUUAUAAUGUUAGUUCAGAGAAUUUAGUAUUGGAUCAACUAAUUAUCCCCAAAUUGAUCUUUUUCUUUAUUCUCAUUACUUAUCUGGUUGAUAUUAUAUAGAUGAUGUAAGGAAAAAUUCUGUUUUGGUCACUAAUGGGAGUCAAAGGGUUAACCUUUCAAAAAUUGCAUGAAAUGUGUUGUAUAUCUGACUAAAUAGGCUGCCAUUCAAAAUAUUGCUCAGCAAGUUGACCUCUUACUUGCGAGAUAGCAAAAGGCCACCCCUCUUUCUUCCAUCCCCCAGCAAUCUGUUGAACAAUUAGGAGCUACGCAAAAAGACAUUCUUGACUUGAACCCUGUAACCCCUGAGAGUGACAAGCAUCUAAUUUCUCCUUACAAUAUCACCCCUUGAAUCACACAUUAAGGUCACAAGAAUAAAGGAAAUUAUCACUUUUAAAAUAAGUUCUCAAAUGUGGAACGAAUUCUCCUUGUCAGCACCUUAGGAAACAUAUACAGAACAGUAUAGAGAAUAGGUAUGCUGAUGGUAGGCUGUGAAGGGUAAAUGAGGUUUUAAUUUUCAUGAAUGACCAGAGUAUUUUUUGAAAUGUGCAUUGCUAAGUUGUUUCAAAAUGGCAGUGUCUUCUGUAGCAUUUGUAACACAUUUUAAGACAGAGUCAAAACAAUCAGAUGGCUCUUUGCAAUCUAAAUAAAUAUUGUAAUGGAUAUUUUUCAUUGGUGGAGAUGAGCUAUAUGGCUGUGGGGCAUGCUAUUCCUUAACCCUUUAAAUCCCAAGAUCCCACCGGUAAUUCUCCUUAAAGUUUAUGUACCUCACAAUUCUUAUCUUUGAAGAGUUUGGUUGUGGAUCAACUAAUAAUCCCUUAAUUGAUUUGAUAAUUUCUUUAUUUUUCAUCACUUGCCUGCUUGAUAUUGUAUCAAGAGAAAUUAUAAGGAGAAACUCUGUCCUAGUCACUUAUAGGGUUGAAGGGUUAAUAUGAAAAAAUUAACAGUGAUGAAAAUCAGGCCUCUUCAGGGAAAAGUGUUUUUUCUUCCCCCUUUUGAAAUUUUAAUUUACAAUUAAUUGUUUGCUCUUUAUUUUUGAAAGGAAAAUCCAGACUAUGAAAGCACCUAUGUGUUUGAAAAUGACUUCCCUGCCCUGUUACAAGAGGAAGCACCUGCACCAGGUAAAGUAAAUGCUGCGUAUGGUAAUUCAGACAUCAUUUUGUGGUAGUGGCUAAAUGAGACUUGCAGGAAAGAGUUACAAUCUAUUUCAGUUUUCAGGAAAACAUCAGGUAUAAUUUACCUCACCCAAUCCCCCUACCCCCUUAGCUAAAAGACAUAAACUAAUCAAGUAGUUAUAUGUGAUCCUCUUUGUGAAAGAAUUUUGAAGAAAAGACUGAAGUAAAAAACAGACUGAAUAAAGGGGGUAAGUUUCUAAACAAACUGUGGUGCUGCAUCGGUGGGAGAGUAUUACAGGGUAAUUUAUCAAUUGAGUUGAUAAUGUAAAUUGCCACUGUAAAGAGUUUCAAAGCUGAUGUUUCGAGUGUUAGUCCUUCAUCAGAAGGAAUGACAGAGGCCAUUCCCCUUGAAACAUCAGCUUUGAAACUCUUUACAGAGGCUAAUUUAUGUAAGAAACAGAUAGGUCUGAUUAUAGGCAAUUGGUGAUCUGCUGAAGUACAGUCAAAUCUAAAAUGGCUCUUUUUUUUACUAGGUCCUUCUGCUCACCCCUUACUGAAAUGUGAACCAGCUCAAGGAACAUGGUAGGAGAAAUUAAAUUUUUAUCGUAUUUUUUCCUUCAAAGGGAGACCCAACCAAUGAAAAGAUCAAAUUAUAGUGAAGAGUGAGGUAUUCUGUAAAAUGACAAGUUGAUCUAUGUUUGCUGGUCCUCUGUGUUGUUUUGUUUAGUAGAGUGAUGUGCUUCCAUCCAUGGUCUGAUGUUACUCUUCCUCUUAUGUCUAUUGAUGAAAUCUUGGAAGUUAUUAGAGAAUGGAUCAGACAGUACCAGGAAUUGAGUAAAACCUACCGCUGGGUUCAGGUAAAAAUCUUGUGAGCAAUUUGAAUUUAAGAAUUAUUUUUUAAAGGAAACCCUAUUAUCAAAAUUGAUCUUUAAAAUUAAGAUUUUUCAUAUUCCUCAAGAAUGAUUUAAUUAGUCCAAUGACCCCAUGCUUGGCAGCUGGGUGUUGAUUGAUGUUUUCUUACAAUUCAAUCACUUGUCUUGUUCACUCAGUCAAGUAUUUAUUUACUUUCCCUUGCUCCUUCCCUGGGGAGGUUUUUUUGAGUCCUCAGGGCUUUUUGGUUUGUUCAUUAAAGAAGGCCAAACAGCAUUACUUGUUGGUUUUCUUGUUUUUGAGGUUUGCAAGGAGAGAAGAUAAAAAUGAAGGGCACCUAUUUUGAAAUUGAAAUUUUACACACAUCACUAAGGCGGAUCCUAUCAAUAACAUUUUACAGUUGACCCAAUUGACCUUAAAACUUUUGUAAUCAAAAGAGGUACUUUUUAUGACAAUAGUGAAAACCAUGUGACAUCAUACAACCCAAAAAGGCACCUACCUAGUUAUCCAUAUAUGCCUUAUACUAUCCAUUAUAUUUAAUUUAUUGAUUUUUAUAUAAUAUAAUUUGAGAGUUUUAAAUGGUAAUUUAGCAAAAACAGCACAAUUUGUCCAAGAUCUUUAAUAAGCCAAUGGUUCAUUAACUGCAAGGUGUUGUUUGCUUUAGAUAUUUGAGAACAAAGGUGCUGUUAUGGGAUGUUCUAAUCCUCAUCCACAUUGCCAGGCAAGUUGUCUUUUACCAAGUCUUCAUUUGUUUGCAUGCAUUUUAAAACCCCACUUUGGAGAUACUGGAUUUCCCCGAAUAAGUGCCCACCUCAAAGGCCAAAAUGUCAAACAAGUGUCCCUUCAAAUAAGUGCCCCCAACCCCUCCCUCACUUUUUUUAUUAUUUUUUUUUAAUAGUUAGCAUACAAGGAAACACCUGUUUCUAUGGCCACUUUAUUUAUGACCUUUUAAGCUUCAACUACAGCAGAGUUAGUACGGGAGAUUUAUAUGCGUGCCCCUUAAUUAAGCACCUCCUUCUAGCAAGCACCCCUGUCUUUAACUCAAACUUUUGAAUAAAUGCCUGAAGAUUCAUUGGAGGAGAAACUGUACUCAGGAAAUGUACUCAGGUACGAUAUUGACAGGAUACUUUGGUUUUAUCAUCUGAGUUAAUGAAGUAAAUUGGCCAUCGUAGAGAGAUUCUGAAGCAGAAAUUUCAAGCAUUAGCCCUUCCUCAGAGCAGAGGGCUAAUGCUCAAUAUGUCAGCGUUGGAACCUCUCUAUGGUGGCCAAUUUACUUUAUUGAAUCAGUUAAUGAAUCUAAAUUAUCUUGACUCAUUAUACCCCUACUGACACAGCACCACAGUUUCUUCAGGUAACCUCUCUUGUUUACACCUACAUAUCAAAAAACAAGUGAAGUCACGAAAAACUGUUUCACUAAUGGUGGGCAUGCAAGACAAGUUUUUUAAUCUGUCACUCUUAUUAGAAUUAAUAAUGGUGAAUUCAUUGAAAAAUUUUAAAAAUCAGAAAUGCUCCAUCCAAGUAAGGUAUUGUACUUUCUGUUGGUUUACAGUAAGCUAAAGCUGUCAGUAAGCUAAAGAAGAAAAUACUUUUGUAGUCCUCUCAUUAUUCCACUUGGUCACAUACAGUGUAAAGAGCUAUUUCCAUGAUAAAGAUACAUCCUGUUACUUAAAAAUGGGAUGCUAAAUUUAAUGCAAGGGAAGGCUUUUUUUAUCAUUUGUAACAUCCUAUCCAUUUUUUCAAUGCAGAUCUGGGCAAGUUCCUUUCUGCCAAAUGAAGCAGCAAUAAAGGUAAAAUUUAUUUUGAAAAAAUUGUGCCAUAUGUGUGUAGAUUUAAAGGAAAGAUGUGUCAUUAGUAUUGUACUGUAAGAACAUUCAUUUUUACAUCUACUAGAGGGUGUUUACAAGUAAUUAAUGAUGUUGAAUGAUGCAUCUUAUAGCAUCAUAUUGCUGAAAAUCAAGAAAUUUCUUGUAGGAGAUACUAAUGGUGAUUUUUAAUUUAAAAGAAGUGUUUUAGGAGCAAUUGCUUCUUUGUCACCCCCGGGAAUGUAAAGUUUCACCAAAUUUCUACUAUGCUUUCUCCUUAAAUGCUUGAGAUGGCCCUUUACUUGAUGGUAGCAGGAUUCAUAAUUGCAAUACAUAUUUGCAGUCUGCCAAUCUGGAGCAAUCUUGGUACACCUUAUUGCUUUAAGUUGUACGACAAAGUGUAUAAGCAAGAUUUCAAUGUAUAUGUCAAUGGUUAUUUUGAAUCUUGAUUUGUUUUGUUUUUGUUUUUUUGUUUAUGGCAGCAUCGGACACAACGAGAAUAUCUAGAGAAACAUAAAAUACCAAUGCUAGUUGAGUAUGCAAGACUGGAGGCGGAACAGAAGGUUUGUUUUUCAUUUUAAACCUGUGUCUUUCAUGGUCAGUAUGGAUGAGAAGGAUAAGCCAAGCAUUUUUGAAGUUAACUUAUAAAAAAAAAUUGUGCACAGGUUUGAAAACUGAGAUAAAUGGUAGUAUUUAUAAUACCACAUCUUAAGGGCAUUAGGUCACAGGAGAAGGAGUAUUAUUUUUGCUUAAUUUUAUCAUCCAGUUCUUCACUAAAUCAAAUUAGAUGUGGAAUGCAGUUAUGGAACAAUAUGUGAUGCUCUUUUGUGUAAAAUUUUGUGCCAUUAAAUGUGAAAGACAAAAUUUUUUUGAAAAGAAUCUUUUGACUCUGAUUUCUUUGUACCAAAUAGAUUCCAUGUUGUCAUGAGUCUGUUCUGUAUCAGGUAAUUAGUGUUAACAACUGGGUUGAAAACAUAAAUUAGCCACCGUAAAGGGUAAAAAAGCUUUAGCCUUUUUUACCCUUUACAGUGGCUAAUUUACGUUUUUCAACCCAUUUGUUAACACUAAAUUACCUGCUAUACUCUCCCACCAACACAGCACCACAGUUUCUUUAGAAACUUACCCCUUUGUUCUGUAUCAGGUCACAGAUAAUGUCAAAAUAGGGUAAGAACAAAAAGGUGACACACAAGGCACAGCCAAGUGUGUCACAGGUGUUCUUAACACAUUUUUGACUUCUUUUGUGAUCUAUUACUGUGCAAAAAUUAUUUAAGUGGUUACGCUUAUUUGCACUGUGGCUUCCAAUUUAGGUCCGUAUUGUUGUGGAAAAUAGUGACUGGAUUGUAGUGGUUCCUUAUUGGUAUGUAAUGUACUCUUUCUUGAUAUAUUUGCAAACACAAGGCUUUUGACAUUACUCGACCUAUGUUUCCUUUACUGGUUGCCUUUACUGUCAAUGACUUAGAAUUUUCUUUCAAAGUUGAUGUGCAGCAUUUGGUAUUAAAUUUAAUGAAUAUUAUUCACUUUACAGGGCAACUUGGCCUUAUGAAGUUCUGCUGCUUCCAAGAAGACAUGUUCAAAGAUUAUCAGAUCUCACAGAAGAGGAGCAGAAAAGUAAAUUUAAUUUCUAGAUACUUUAUUUUGGAUAGACUUUGUAGAUUGUGUUUAAAAGUCACUAAAGAUCACAUUCAGAUUGUGUUCUUUUUAUUAGCUGAAAAGGGUUACUGAUCACACCCAAAAGGUUUUUGUAUAGAUAUGGGGUUACACAUUUUCUUUUGAAAUUCAGAAAAAUUUUAAAUUGUUUGCUACUUUUUGUUACAGAUCUUGCUGAUAUAAUGAAGAGACUACUGACCAAAUAUGACAAUCUUUUUGAAGUUUCUUUUCCUUACUCUAUGGGGUGGCAUGGUAUGUAUACUAUCAAGCGUUGAACCUUUUCCAAUCUCUGGAUACCUUUAGUCUUCUUUUACAGUGAUGGUUUGGUCUUGUCGUGCAACAUAUUCUCUUCCCCAUCAAAAGCUGCUUCAAUUAGAACAAAAUUCCUUUUCUUUUGUAAUGAGUGUCUGUAGAUAUGAGGUAUGACUCUUCAUGCUUUUCACCAAUCACUUAUCAAGGUUAAGCUUAAGUUUAAGUUUCCUGUGCAGAAUUGUCUGCACUUUAGUCAGAAGUUGUUCAAUAUGUACCUAGAAAUCAGCUGACACAAAUAGCUCUAGUUGCUUUUUCUGUUGGUCCAUUAUUUUUGCUUAUAUUAGGAUGUUAGUUAAAUCAUUAAUUUAUUCCUUGUUGCAAACAGGGGUAACUACUCAAAUAUCCUUUUAAAUUGUUUGUUUCAAGAGGCACAUACUAUCAGGGUUGGUUGAAAAUUAUUGAUCAAUAUCAGUAUCCCAGCAACCAUGCAUCUACCUCUCCCUUAACCCAACAAAAAUCUACUGAUAACAAGUUAGGGUUAAUGUCAAAAUUAUUUAAUGAAACCACCAUUAUAUACUUGGAAAAGAAGAAGAGAAAAGGCUUGAUGGUCUUGUGUUUGGUCCUUGAAGAACAAAGUAAAAAGAAGCAAGGAAGAAAUAGAAAGAGCAGUGGUCAUAUCAGAAAAUGCCUGUUGAUAAGAAAAUAUGAAAGCCUGACAUCUUCCCUUCUGGCCUCUAACCCAGUUAAUUAGUACUUACUGUUCCACCCUAACAGGUGCACCAACUGGUAAACAAGACACAGAUUGUAGGUGAGACUUGUUGGAUAAGAUUUUCUCUGAUUGCUGAUAACCAGCAGAAAAGCCCCUCCUGGACAGAACAGGUCUUGAAGAAGAGGGGCCAUAAAGUUUUUUAUUAUUCGAUCUCUUUUUCUAUGACAUUUUACCUACUCAUCUUUUGUAAGUCAAAUGAAUGCAAGUUUUAGUAAGGAGCCUGAUUAUCUCAGAAGAUGGCAUAGACUUCUGCAGAAAUUCAAAAACCCUCCUGAUAUAUACAAGUAUCCCUUAAAAUUCUGACAGUCUUGUGUGUUAUUCCCUUGAAAAUCAACCAUUUGGGAAGAAGAAUGAUUCUUUACAAAGUUUCCUCUCUUAUUGGACUAGUUUCCAUCAGAUUUUUACUCUAUGUAUUUCUCUAGCAUGUGUCAAUCAAGACUUUUCAAAGGCAUUAGUUUUGGCAGGUAUAGGGCUUCUAAGACUUUCAUGUCAAUAGAACAUCUACCUUAGUAGAUCGUAAGAACAUUUUUGCAGCUUCUCUUAACUUGCGAAAAGGGUAUCCUGCUCUAUUUUAAAAAGAAAUCACCACCUUCACAAUGAAUGGUAUAAAUGAAGAUGGUGAUAAUUGUUAUCAUCAUCAUUAUCAUUAUCAAUUGUUAUUAUAGUCAUUAUGAUUGUUGUUUUUUCAUUCUUCAUUGGUAAGAUUUAUAUAGAAGUCAGUGACCAGUAACAAUUUUUCUUUUUAUGAAAAAUUAGUUUUAACUAUUCCAUUUUGAUCUGAUUGCAGUCACUGGCAGUUACAUGCACAUUACUACCCUCCUUUGCUUCGUUCAGCCACGGUGAGACUUGUUCCAAUGUCAUUUCAAUUGGCCAUCACAGGGGUGGAUCUAGGAGAGGAAUGCAGAGGGUGCACACCCCCCCCCAUCAAGCUGACAUGUGGCUUUUUAAUACAACUUUAAGUUGUUAUAAUCUGUUGUAUUGUCUGGUAUAUAUGUUCUCAACAGUUCACAUUCUGUCACAGCUUAGUCAUAAGCCUUCCUCUUGGUUGUUCAUUUAUAAUCCUGGAUCUGCCCAAAUUUCUUGACUGUAUGUUUUCAGACUGAAUUGAACUCAAGUGGUCCUAAUGGUACUUUAUACAAUGGCUGUAGCUCUUAAAACAAAUAAUUUGUAAAUGGCUGUCUGAAACCAAGCUGUGCUGUGUAGCUUUCAAUCUAACUUACCUACAGAUUGUUUGGUUUUGAUUUUCUUUUAUUAUUGUUGAUCUUUUUUCAAGACAAAUCUUCAUAUACAAAAUGUCUAAUGUCUCUUGCAGGUUAAAAAAUUCAUGGUUGGCUAUGAAAUGUUAGCUCAGAGUCAAAGAGACCUGACUGCAGAGCAGGUAAUUGAUACAAAGUUUACCCACAGAACUGUAAUAGUUAGGUGCAAGAUAAAGUGGCACAAUAUAACAAAGCAUCUUACUGUGUUACUACCUGAUGUGUUUUUAGGCUUUUAAUAUAUGCAGUCAUGCUUGGUCAUAAUAUCUCAAAGAAGUGAUGCCUGAUUCACUGUCCUGCAAUUUCAAAUAGCAUGUAAUGUUGACACACUUAUCCCUCUUGGUUAGCUCAUGUUGCAGAGGGCAGAAGUGCCUUGCAAGAGGUGGAGGAUUCAAGCCUCACAGCAGACAACACUCUUAAUGUGCUGCCUUUGCUAUGACAUUUGUAAAUGGUUAUAGACAUUCCCUAUAUUAGUCUUUUCAACUAAGGAUGAUAAUCUCUAGGCCUGUUUCCUGCACCUUCUCUGUACUGGUUAGUAGGGGACAUUGCAAAACCCAUGCGCUUGUGGUCUGGCCUUGUUAUUGUUCAUUCAGACCCUUAUUUAAAUCAGCUGUAAAGCUGAACUGGGUUAGCAUGUCUAAAUAUCACAAAUAGGUUAGUAAAAAAUACCCUUGGCCUUGCUUGUCUCUUUGAAUUCUUGUUAGGAGGGUGUUUGACUUUUGGUUUACUUUUAUUCACAGGCAGCAGAGAAGCUUAGAAAUCUUUCUGAAAUUCACUACAAGGUAAACUGACAGAGAAUAACUUUGUCUUUUUUCUUAUAUUCUUACCUCAUGUCUUGCACCUGAAGUGCUUUCAGCAUUGUUAUUGGGUAGUGCAUUGUGGAAAUUAUCAAUUUAUUGGUUAUUGUACUUGUAAUUUUCCUUCAUUCCUUAUUCUUAUCACAGCAACUGAUUAGACAUUUAUUUAUUCAUUUAAACAGAAUAGAUGAUAUGCCAAAGGAGUGGUGAUGAAAAUGAUUUGAUGCAGUCAUAACUCACUGCAUAAAAUUGAUACUCGAAGUUUACAAGAAACUUCCAGUAUACUGGAGUUUUGUGGUGACUGAAAUGAGUUUUGAACCUUAAUUAAUUAUGAACCUUUAGCCCUUAGGAGUAGAUUUUUUUCCAAAUUUAAAUGCACUUAUAGGGUCAUCAAUAAAAUUGUUUUUGAUGCUCCAUGUAUUGAAGUCUUUUUGUUUGUGAAGUAAGUUUCUGAACAUUUAAUAUCAUUUUUGUGAAGUAAAUUUAAAAAUUUUUUUAAUAAUAAAAUGGAAGAAUGAAUGCACACUUUGUAAGGUGUGUGUCACCACUGAGUGGAAAAC